UCGGUUCUCCUGUUCGGUUCGGUGCGCGGUUCGAGAGGAGGAUGGCUGUGGUUCCUGCAGGGCUAAGCUCCCCCCGGGAACAGAGGGAGUGAAUCUGUCCGCGUCUCUCUGUCGACGCUGCGCGCUCGUUCACCUCCGUCUGUGCGCUGUUUAUUUUCUUAUUGCGCAUUUUCCUCACCGCGGAAUCCGCACCGUCACCCAAACGGAGAGGAAUUAACGGGAACGGGUGGGGGUCGCGGUUUUCCUUUGUGGAGGCUGUAAUGAUGGAGAACGUUAAUGUGGAGACGGUGGAGAGGGAGUGCGGCGCGCUCGGCGGACUUUUCCAGGCGAUCGUUAACGACAUGAAGUGUUCGUAUCCGGUUUGGGAGGACUUCAGUGCCAAGGCGACCAAGCUUCAUGCCCAGCUCCGAACCACCGUGCUGGCAGCCGUGGCAUUUCUGGACGCCUUUCAGAAGGUGGCAGACAUGGCAACCAACACACGAGGAGCCACCAGGGACAUCGGCUCGGCGCUGACCCGGAUGUGCAUGCGGCACCGCAGCAUCGAGGCCAAGCUACGCCACUUCACCAACGCCCUGAUGGAGAGCCUGAUCACGCCCCUCCAAGAACGGAUCGAGGACUGGAAGAAAACGGCCAAUCAGCUGGACAAGGAUCACGCCAAAGAGUAUAAACGUUCUCGUCACGAGAUCAAGAAGAAAUCUUCAGACACCAUCAAACUGCAGAAGAAAGCCAGGAAAGGGCGCGGUGACCUGCAGCCUCAGCUGGACAGUGCCAUGCAGGAUGUGAACGACAUGUACCUGCUGAUGGAGGAGACCGAGAAGCAGGCGGUGCGGCGCGCCCUGGUGGAGGAGAGGGGUCGCUUCUGCACCUUCAUCAGCUUCCUGCAGCCCGUGGUGAACGGAGAAAUCGCCAUGCUGGGAGAGAUCACACAUCUACAAGCCAUAAUCGACGACCUGACCGUCCUGACGACCGACCCUCACAAGCUGCCCCCCGCCAGCGAACAGGUGAUAAAAGAUCUAAAAGGCUCCGACUACAGCUGGUCCUACCAGACGCCGCCGUCCUCGCCCAGCAGCUCCGGUUCUAGAAAAAGCAGCAUGUGCAGCAGUGUGAACAGCGGCCACAGUAGCGCCUCGCGUUCAUCCGGAGGCUCUCAGACCCACUCGCCCAGUUCGUCCUGCCGCUACCGCAGCCUGGCACAGCCGCCGCCGGGGGGCGCUCAUCGCCUCAGCAGCGUCUCAUCCCACGACUCGGGCUUCGUCUCUCAGGAUGCCAACGUGUACUCCAAACCCCCCUCGCCCAUGCCCUCAGAGAUCACCAGCCAGAAGUCGUCAAGUUCAGCGUCAUCUGAAGCUUCAGAAACCUGCCAGUCAGUCAGUGAAUGUAGCUCCCCAACAUCAGAAUGGUCCAAGGCCGGCGGUCAGGAGCAGCCGCCGGCCGGCACGCUUCAGAGGAGAAAGGAGUCGGUGGAUCGAUCCGAAUCGUCCCCUCAAGCGCAGGGUCACGCCGGAGCGCCACCCGACGACCCUCAGAGAGCCAGGAUGACCCCCGCUACCAUCGCUGCUAAGCAUGGUGAGGAGGUGUCUCCAGCAGCCAGUGAUCUGGCCAUGGUGCUCAAUCACGGUCUCAGUAUGGAGCAACAGAAGAGCAGCAGAGACUCGCUUCAGUACUCCAGCGGAUACAGCACACAGACGACCACGCCCUCCUGCUCCGAGGAUACCAUCCCUUCCCAGGGCUCAGACUACGACUGCUACUCUGUAAACGGCGACACUGACGCUGACGGCCAGUCUGAUUUCGAUAAAUCUUCCACCAUCCCGCGGCACAGUAACAUCGCUCAGAACUACCGCCGCAUGAUCCAGACCAAACGGCCCGCCAGCACCGCCGGCCUGCCCAGCGCCAUGGGUGCACAAGGAGGCACUGGCGGUGGAGGUGGGAAAGCAGGUAUGCCGGGUACUGCCACCAUCCGCCGAACCCCCUCCACGAAGCCCGGUGUGAGGCGCACCCUCUCUAAUGCGGGCCCCAUCCCAAUCCGGCCACCCAUAGUCCCAGUUAAGACUCCCAUUGUGCCCGACUCGCCUGGAGGCUACCCGGGUCCUCCUGCACGGGUGGGCAGUGAGGAGUGCGUCUACUACGCGACCGACGAUGCCACUCCGGCUGCUCUGGAGUACGUGAAGGCGUCGCCCAAGCGCCUGAGCCUGCCCAACGCAGCCUGGGGGGCGGCGGGCAUCGAGAUGAGUGUGUACGGGCACCAGGGCGAGGAGGACCAGCUGCUAGCUGCCAACCGCCACAGCCUGGUUGAGCAAAUCGGCGAGUUGGUGGCCAGCGCACAAGCCCUGGGAGACGGUCAGUACCCGUUCCCCUCGCCAGCACCGGAGGGACAAGCCGAGAGCAGAAGUUCCCGGCAGGACGGAGAGGACAUCCUGGUGUCCAUCCGGCGGGGCGUUCGUCUGCGCAAGACCGUCUCCAACGACCGCUCGGCUCCACGGAUCUUGUGACGGAAGAAUGAGGGCGUAGUUUAAAAGAGAAGAGCUGUAGAGAAACAACUCACGAAAAAAAGAGAAUAAAAAAAUUCAGUGUUUAAAAGAAGUCGUUAGUAACGAUCACGAAAAAAAAAGAAAUCUAAAUAAGAAGCGGCUUAUGGCCGCCGUAACAUGUAGAGUGUCUGGACGCAUGUUUGUCUUGUUAACACCACCCAUCACGGCAGGAUAGCGCUAACGAGACGCCAGGCGGAAAUAAAAAAUGAGAAACGUUUGACUCCAGGAAUUAGUGCUGGAAAAGCUCGAGUGAGGAGAUGAGGCAGCGUGAUUUCACCUCACUGUCACCUCCAGCUCUCUGACAUCACACCACCGGAACAGCGGGUGCGGUCGGUACGGCUGGAGGUGAGAGGGGUUCUGCUGCAGGUCGGCGUGUGGUUCUGUUUUGGAAAUGCUCGACGCUCGUCUGUUCUUAGCGAGUCUGUGUUAGCGUGUGUGUUUUGUAGUAACGACGUAAAACGCUAAUCUAACGGAGCAAUAAUGCUUUCUGUCUGUCUGAUGGUAAAAGUUUGGUGAGAUUUGAUUUGAAUUUGAAAGCGCUGUAGGUCGUGGGUCCAGCGGAGAGAAGCAGAGAGGAAGUUGGAGCACUUUGGGGAUGAAUUUUUUGGGCACUUGUUUAACUUGAGGAGGAUAAAGGAGUGAUGUGAGGAGAACGAGAGUCAGAGGUAGUACGAGUGAGGAGUAUUUGAGGUAUUUGAACCUGUUCCUAAGUAUUUUUUACAGAAUUUGUACAAAAUUUUGGAUUUGGUUAGGUGAGGAGAGUGGGACCACGCCCCUGAAAGUGGUUCUGAGAGCUGAGAUGAAGGCACAAACCUGGAGAUGGGAGAGAUGAUGAUGAUGAUGAUGAUGGAAGGAAAAGCCAUUGGGUGCUUUAUAGUGUGAGCGUUCCACUGCCUGAUCUAGAACUUAGAAGAACUUACACACGUGGUGUUUUAAUAACGGCAUGAACACGGCGGCUUCCCGUGGGGAUCGGUUGGUCAGGGAGGACACGUCCGAAUCGGGAGCGGGGUGUCUGUGGCCGAACGGCUCUUUUAGUCCUGUAGUAUUUGUUUGUGAGUGACCCUCUGUGCUCCCACCAUUUACUGAAACCACGCCUAGUUCUGUCGUUCCAAAUGACCACUACACGUGUGACUGGACAGAUGCUUAACACUUCAUUGAUAUUUUCUGUUUAGGGAUUAUUUAUUUUGCAUUAAUAGAGCACUCUGUUUUAGGAAUGCCUGUAGCUAACUUAAAAUAAUAAUAAUAAAUGUGUACCUGCUUUGCAAUAGGGUUCGAGACCAGAGUCUGGGACAGGAUAGUGGUGGAAGGGUUAAAAAACUGCAGUGACAGUGAUGAUUACUGUAUAUACAUCCAGCGAGCACUUUAUUAGGAACAUCUAUCUAGUACCCACGUCCAUAAAUUCAUUUAUAAGCUACAGCUACCAUACAGAUGAAAUCUGUGGGUAUACAAUUACUGAUUGUAGCCCAUCUGCUGUGCCUCAUUUAUCAGUCAAAAGGGACCCCCAUAGGACCCCCAGUGACCGACAUUCUUUUCACUCUUCACUAGUAUGAGUGUAGCAGGUGCAGCAGUGUUGUUGGGAUGCUGGGAGGAGAAUCACGCUCCAACUGAAAAUAUAAAGCCAGCAGCAUCUGUACUGUUAUCAAAAAGCAUUGGCUUAUAAAAGAGUAGAGGAAGAUGCUACAACGAGCCCUAACAUUAAUCCCAACAACACUGCUGCACUCAUACAUACACAGAACAGCACACAGUGCCUCGUCGUUACCAUGUUUGUGUCAGUGUGGAGCUGAGAAUGAUCCACCAUCCACACAUCAUCUGGACAGUGGAGAUGUAUAGAGAAAUGUCAACAGCACACAGAGAAACAGAUGGGCUACAGUUGGUAAUUGUAUACCCACACAGUUCUUAUAAAGUAAUCAGUGAGUAUAAGUAGCAGAUAGUUGUUCCUAAUAAAUAUACACAUAUACUGAGUCUAUAAUACAAGCAGGCUGAGGAGGGAAAUGUCUAUAACAGCAAUAUAAUCAGAACAAGGUACCCAGUAAAAUGUUUAAAUGUGCUCAGUAAAUGUGAUUCUGCUCUUUUCAUGCCGGUAGGGAGAUUGACAAAUCAGUAAACGUAUACCGUGCAGUUCUGCGUCCCGCCACCACAGUACAACCAUUAAAAGAAUUCGAAUUUUUAAAGUUUAUCAGCGUCCACAAUAUUUUGACACAUUUUCCUUUACUGUGAAAAAAACCUACAGAAAAGCAGUUUAUUUACAGCUGAAGCCAAAUUCACCUGAUACAUGUGGUAAAUAAAUAUGUGAAAUUUAAUUUAGUAUAUAAUAAAUAAUGUGAUUUGCUGCUCCCUGGAUUUUAAUGUAUAUUUUACAUUCAAAGCCUCACAGAUUUUCAGUGGGAUGUUACCACCAGA